AUGGUAAGCUUUGGUGACCAAGACUUGGAGGUUGGCACUUCAACGUUCCAUGAUGCUCCACCAAACUCACACAUUGUUAGUGGUGGUCUUUCCACCCAGAUGUCAUCCUUCCAGUUUAUGAACAUGGAUGUAAAAAAGCAACACAAUGACAGUAAUAGCGAAGUAAGUGGGCCUAGUUCAAAUCGAGAAAGAGCAACUACUGGCAGUGUUUGGCACCCGAUUCCCGCACCCAAUACCCCUACUCGCAACGAUGUUUCCAACCCCAGUUUUAGUCCUAUGGCUCAAGCCCCUUCGGCUUCAACUACACAACAGUCUCAGCCACCUUUGGUUCCUGGCUAUAACCGACGGAAUACUACUGGUGGUCCUGCUGUCCCCAAACCACAAAGUUCUCAAAGCUCUGUGGCCCAUCGCAGAUCCUUACAAACUUUGUUACAAAAUGACAAUGGAGUUUUAUGGGGAGCUAAUGGAAAGACCACACCAGUAAAAGAAGAUCGAUCAACAAGACAAAGUGGUCAAGCAAUUUUUUUUGGGCCAGAAUUUGGGUCCAGUACUUCUGAAUUUUUAGAUCCCCUGGUUACCGCUGGUUCACCUUGGAACGAUAGUCUUUCAAACUUUGCAACCAGCUGUAACGUAAUGACCCCUAGUAUUAUGUCCCGUACCUCUAGGUUCUUUCCGUCACCCGUAUCUGAUCAGCGUAAGGAUUUCUUUCAAGGGGGGCUGUCUGGAACAGCUGCUGGGGUGUUUACUGAUCCUUUAGUUUGUCCUGCCACUUCGUCAGUUCGAUCACUAUCUGAUGAAGUGAAUUUGGACCUAAAUCUAGGAAUAAUUGACACAGAAGAACCCUUCAAAGCGCAACAUGUUAUCGAUAAGUUAAGCAGGUUUAGCAUAACCUCUGUAUCGGAAUACCUUUUGAACGAGCACAGCGAUAUACGCUUAGUCACACAAUCUCAAAAUGAAUGGGAGGAUGAACAAGAAGAGUAUGAUGAUGAUUGGGAAACAGUUUCUGGAAGCUUAGAGUUAGCAGUAGCUGAAUUUUCUAACAUGAUUGUAAGCUUACCACCUCGUGGUUUGACUGUAUCUGCUUCUUCAUCUGUCAGUUCUUUAUCAUCCUCUAGCAAUUCGGAUUCAUGUGCCGAGGCGGGAUUAGAGAGUGUUGAUGUUACUUCUUACAUCAAGAAGAUAAUCACCCGGCAACAAGAGACCCAUGUUACAUAUAUUGCCUCUUUAUCCCACAGUGCCAAACCACAAUUUGAAAAACUAAUCCAGCAGGUGUUUCGAAAUUAUGGAGACAUUCUGCGAAUUGAGGAUGAGCCCUCCACUAAUAAUGACUUCGUUAAGUUUAAAGUCUUUACUAGACUUAACAAUGGGAAAGGUCCUUACAAAAUUUUCAAGUUCAUCAAUGAGAGAACUCAGCGAGAGGAAAAAAUGCUUUUCUUUUUUGAAAGUAACAGUGGAGGAACUCAAAAUUCCGGCUAUGGGGUUAGUGCUGGAUCAAAUUCUAGCACGGGUUCAACUCCUUCCAAGAAUGAUGUAAAUACCUACCCUGAAGGCUUCUCGUCCACAUUUCACAAGCGAGGAAUUAAUAACUUUAUGUUUGUACGGGAACUACAAAGCAAGAUGAUUGUUAAUAAAUCCGCUAAAACGAAUAGCGAAUAUGGAGAGUUUCGAAUUUCGUUGCCUGUCCACCGUAUUUUGGGAGGGACGAAAUUCACAAAGAAGUCUUUCAUUGUCAAUAUCGACCUCAGGGAAUAUGAGAGCAAGAGUUACAAUAAUGACAAAGCAAAGCAUUUUAAAAGUAAGUUUAGUGGCCGCUAA